AUAGAGGACAGUUGACAAACGCGUACUGCCCAAAUGCAAAACUGAAGCUUUAGACGCAGACUACAGACACCAACCCCUUCACGAUGCUGCACUGUUGAGAUUUGAAUCUGUGAACUAUUUAAGAUGGGAGCCGUAUAUUUAUCACACUUCUGACAAUGAACAGAUAAAGUAAAGGAUUCCUACUCUUUUCUGCAAGGAACAAUUCUAAAGAGGGAUACAAACACACUUCAGACCACAAUGUACACGAAUGUCUCUCUAAACUCCACGGCUGUGCCUGAUGAGUUCCACAAUGUUCUUCUGGGCAUCUACAGCUGUGUUUUCAUCAGUGGGUUGAUAUGUUUCAUCUUGACCGUGCAAGUUUUGAAGCCUUCUACCACCUCCCUCACCUCCAUCGCUGUCUUUAACCUCAUAUUUACACAUUUCGUCUUCCUCCUUACGGUUCCCUUCAGGAUCUACUACUACUACACUCAUCAAUGGAAGCUGGGCCUAGACUGGUGCAAAGUGAUCAGCAGCAUGAUUCACGUUCAUAUGUACAUGUCAUUUAUUUUCUAUGUUAUCAUCUUAAUCUCACGACUCUUGAGUUUCUACAACAAAGCAGAGAAUAUGCCUUCAAUUCGGAGGCUGCAUGGUCUCUUGGUCAGUGCUGCCGUAUGGAUAAUAGUGUUGGUUAGUGCCCCUUGUGUAGUAUCUUCAUUCUAUGGUACGAAAGCACAAGGUAAAAAAGGCAAUGAAACAUGUUUCACCUUUGGGGAAGAUAUUGAACCAACUACAGCCAAAGUAUUUAACUAUAUUGUUAGCACAUUUAUUAUAGUGGCUACCACUGUGCUAACUGUCCUGCAAGCAAAGGUCUUACUGGAUUUGUACAAGAAGGUUGGAGAUAAGUGCACAUUGCAGCAAGAGUUUGGUGCUCAGCUGAAAAGUUUGUGUUUUGCCCUCAUCAUGGUGGCUUCCUUCAUCCCCUACCAUAUUUUCAGACUAUACUACAUAGAGCAUCUCAAUCUGGAGAACGUCAAUGAAGUGUUCCUGAGCCUCACGACUUUCAACUGUUUGGACGCACUCACCUUCCUGGGGAGAAGAACAUGUUUUGGGUGCUAUUUCUGUAAAGGACUAAGCUAGUAGCUAACUAGCUGUUUUUUUGUUUGUGUUUUUUUGUUGUUGUUUUUUUUUUUUUUUUCAUGUGUAGCUUUACAGUCCCUUUAAAGCUACCAUUUAUAAUUACAUUGGUCAACCCAGCCCUAACACAUACCACUAGAUGCUAUGUAUGUGCCAGCUUUGGCCUGGCAGAAGAAGCCCAGAGAGGGCCAAGUGAGGGAAGGGGGUCUAAAUAGAUUUAAAUAGACUUACAGGUGGUAGCUUUGAAGGUCCUAUAUUAACAUUGACCCUUGUGAGCUUUGAACCAUGUUAGAAUGAAGUUUCUUCAUCAAAAACAUACCUGGAGUUGUGUUCGUUUCAUUCACGCAUAUUUGAGUAACUAUUAUUUGUCUGUCUACAUCUCCACAGCUUAUAAUGCUCUGUUCCACCUUGUGAUGUCAUGUGGUGGUACUUUUCAAGUUAACAGCCAUUUGGCUUUUGUUUAGUAGAGACUGGCAAUUCCAGGGCUGAAAUUAUUCAAAUGAUUUUUAGUGAAGGUGUAUGGAGUUAAAGUAAAAACACAGUGGAGCACUUCCUGUAUUGCCACAUGACAUCACAAGGUGGAAGUGUUUUCUGUUUGAGAAAAGAACUCUUAAACAUGCAGGGUUUGUGUGAAAAACAUGUGAAUGAAACAAAACACAACUCUGGGUAUGUUUUUUAUGAGGAAACAAUAUUAUAACAUAGACAUAACAUAGACUGGUUCUCUUCACAUGACGAUCAAAUAGGAGGAGUGGGUCAGAAAAAGUGUUGAGUUGGUGAUAGUAAGAGAGGUUGGCAUGACUAUGAAAUGUACUUUGAAUGUCUGUGCACCUAUAAUACUGCAAAUAUAAUUCAUUCCUAUGUUCUGAUUAUUAAAUAAAUGUAUUGAUAUAUUAUUA